CCAGUAGGAGUCAGCUACAUACACAUCACAAGACUUGGAGGAAACCCACUCACCCUCCUAUUUUCUUCUACAAAGUUGAAAAAGCUGCAAUUGGGGGAACCCUCAGAUAGCUCUGGUGGUUCAUUCUGUUCCUCUUGGAGUUGACAUCUGGAUGUGUUGGAGGAAAAAAAAUCAUCAUAUAUUCUUCUUUCCUACUCUUUAAAUCACAGGAAGAAGCAACUUAAGAAAAAGACUGAACCAAAAUGACAACUGGUCAAUUCGAUUGUCAAUACUGCACAGCAUCACUUCUUGGGAAGAAGUACAUACUGAAGAAUGACAAUCCAUACUGUGUUUCCUGUUAUGAUCGUAUUUUUUCUAACUAUUGUGAGGAAUGCAAAGAACCAAUUGAAUCAGAUUCCAAGGAUCUUUGUUACAAAGGCCGACACUGGCAUGAACAAUGCUUCAGUUGCGCCAAAUGCAAUCACUCUCUGGUGGAAAAGCCUUUUGCUGCCAAGGAUGAGCGACUGCUGUGCUCAGAAUGUUAUUCUAACGAGUGCUCCUCCAAGUGCUUCCACUGCAAGAAGACCAUCAUGCCUGGUUCCCGUAAAAUGGAAUUUAAGGGAAACUACUGGCAUGAAACCUGCUUUGUGUGUGAGCAUUGCCGACAGCCAAUAGGAACUAAACCUUUGAUUUCCAAAGAGAGUGGCAAUUACUGUGUACCGUGUUUUGAGAAGGAGUUUGCUCACUACUGCAGCUUUUGUAAGAAGGUGGUGACUUCAGGUGGGAUAACAUUUCGUGACCAGCCAUGGCAUAAAGAGUGUUUUCUAUGCAGUGGCUGUAGGAAAGAGCUCUGUGAAGAGGAGUUUAUGUCCAGAGAUGAUUAUCCAUUCUGUGUGGACUGCUACAACCAUCUUUAUGCCAAAAGGUGUGAAGCCUGCACCAAACCCAUUACUGGUCUCAAAGGUGCCAAGUUUAUCUGCUUUCAAGACCGGCAGUGGCACAGCGAAUGCUUCAACUGUGGGAAGUGCUCAGUUUCCUUGGUGGGGGAAGGCUUCCUGACCCAGAACAAGGAAAUCUUUUGCCGCAAGUGUGGUUCUGGAAUGGACACUGACAUCUAGAGGGAGACAGUCUGUCCUCACCUGAAAUCCACCUUGCUUUUGUUCUCACUAAAUCCAGAACUUGCUUGAAGUUGCAUUUAUGACUUACGUUUUACCAAUAUUAGAGUUUAUAGCAGAAGGGUUUUUGCACACAUUCUGAUUGAACUGUGUCAUAAAAGCUCAGAAAAAGCAUAGUCUAACAGAAAUGAAUAUAUCUAUCCUAACUCACAAAGGCAUCUCUCCUUGCAAAAUACUGCACUCUGCUGUUAAAAACAUAAGAAAAUAUCUCUUUAUUGUAACCAACAAUAUGACCUAUACCUAGAAGUCAUGGAUGCUAUUACUGAAGACUGCUGUUUUUAAAACUGCAGGGGGAAAAAGGAAAUUAAGAGAUCAAAGUGAAAGGCAUACAUGAAGCUAAUGUUUGCAUUCUUAGAUAGCUAGCUAUAAAUAAUAUGAUAGCUUGGCUAUUAAUGGUGGAAGAACAAAACUGAUCAGGGAAAACUGAUUAACAAUCAUCCUACUUGAGAACUGUGUCAUUUUAUCAUUCUUUUAUUCACACACACUGACUUUGGACUUGCAAAGCUGCAAAUUUGCCCUCAUCCACACUGCUUCCACAGCUGGUUGGUUUCAUGCUUAACAAAUAGAAUUGAGAAUUUGGACACUACGGCUCUCAUACUCUGCAUGGAUAUAAAGGGGUCCCCUCUCCCUAGGGAUAGUCAAAGCAUAGAUUUCAACACAUUUUGUAUCAAUUGCAUUUUCAAAGCUCCCAAUGAUUUUUCUAAAUACUUACAGAUUCCAUGAAAGAGAAGUCUAUUCUUUCAAAUGAGCUAACCAGGAAAAUCAUUGUCCCCAAAGGCAAACCUUUAAAGUAAAUAGAUCAUUAAGUCAUCACUCGUGGAAAUGAGUUUUAGGGAAGGGAUUGAGCGUUGGAACAUGACUUUCAUCCAGAUAUCUAAAGGCAUAAUAGAAUGCAUAAUUAGCUCUGAGCUUCAUGCAUUUUGCCUUCCAAAAUUACAUAGAUGACUAAUGGGAAGACAUAAAAGUGGGCUUUAACAAAAUCUAGUAAUAAUAAGAACUGAAAAAGAUUAAUUCACUGCUGAUAAUUCAGGACCUGCAAAGCAGUACAAUAGAGUAAUAUGGGUUGUAGAUGAGCCCUCCCCACCGUUCCUCCACACCCAUGCCAUCCACCUCACCCCAUGCCAACCAUGCCCCAGAGUUCCAAUCUUCUGCAUGGCCCAGAGGUACACUCCCAACCUUAGUGGCCAUUCUACAAAUAAGUCAGUGUUUAUUGGUCACAAGAGAAGCAACAGCCUUAGUGAAAAGCCUAUCACUAUAUGUGUAUCUUUCUACUAGACAUCGACUGAUCAUGGCCCUACCUACCUGUUCCUGGGCAAUGUUUUCCACAUUAUGUGGGACAAAUGGAAAGCAAACUUUUUUCUCCAUGGUCAAUUGUUAUAGUGCCACAUGGUUGGGGUAGGAGGGGGUCAGAAGAAGAAACCCACACAGACAUAACAUUUUUAUAAGUGUCUACUCUCAGAUUACUGUUAAAGGUCCUGAUUAAAAUCUAAUUAUAUGAUGUGGCUGAUUACAAUGAUUAAAAUCGUUUCACAGGAGAUUCCAUUAAAAUUGUUAUGGAAACACAAUUUUUGAAAUAGCUUAAAAUGCAAGGACAUUUGGAGAUGAUAACAAUUUAGAGCCACUAAUAAAAGGUCAGGCUACAAAGGCUCUUUGAAAGAUAUAAUUGUCUUUGUUUUGUAGUAACAAUGCCAAGAUAACCGAUUAUAGAUAAGCAUGCAAAAUGUACUGCUUUCUGAGUCAAACAAUUAGUAAUGUUUAAGCAUUUUGCCUUGUGUGUGGGCUGAGCUUGCAUAUGAUCAGGCUUGCAUUGUAUCUGUGCAACUAAAAUUCACAAAAUCAUUUCUGAGAUAGAGAUUCUGUUAUCCUUUGAUACAUAUACUUAAGUAUAUAUUUUUCACAUAUAAAUAAUUCCAUAUAUAGAAUAAAGCUUCGUUAUCACAUAUGUAUUAAACACAUACUGUGCUCAGAGUUAAGAGUUUGAGCUGUUGUGGUUCUGGGGUGGUGGGCGGGUAGACCAGGGUAUGGAAAUGCAAAAUUGCCAGAUGUAGAGAUCUUUCCCCACAGCUGAUAAACAGCGCCACUGUGGACAUAAUAUACAUAUACAAAACAAUUAAGAAAGAAGACCUCAUUAGACUGCCAUACACACAAAGAUAAAAAUGAAAACCUUAUACUGUAUACUGUAAUUGAUUUGGGGUCAGUAAAGAGAAAAGCUCUCUAACUGACCUAUCCGAAGAUGGAACGGACUGCCUCAGGAAGCAGUGGGCACCCAGUGAUUCAAGGAGUGACAUCUGCACAGGCAGGAAAGCAGUUAGAAGCAAAUCCUGUGGGCUACUAACAACCAGAUGGCUUGGAAGUAGCAGAGAGACUGUGCCAAAGAGCAAGAAGAAAUGAGAUAGCUAAAAGAGAAAAGGUCAGAUGAAGACAGAUAUUAACUCUUAGCAUAAAAGCUUUAUAUUUGAUAUAACAGGCAAUAGAAAGUUACUAACUGCUCUUAAAUAGAGGAGAAAAGCAUUAUGACAGUGUUUGAGGAACAUUAUACUAAUGAUUCUGUGUGGCCUAGAACUGAAGAGGGCAAGGUUCCAAAGGCUAAGUCUCUUAAUGCAGUAACACAUUUGGUUCCUGGCUACAGAAAAGAGAAAAGAAGCAAUAGCUAAUGGAGGCAAAGAGCUAUAUUUGUUGAUACAGCUGAAAAUACAAGUCAACAAAUCAAAAUGUUUUAUGUUGUCAUGUUAGGAUUAAACAUGACAAAGAAAAAGGCAGAGAGGAAUUUCUGUUUCUAUAAUAACAAAUGGGGUGGCCAAGGUUUCAAUUUUCACUUAACAAAAUCAUAAACAUGUUAUAUUGGAACAAUCUAGGUCCAUUGGUUACCUGAAGUAUGAUAGGGGUGCCAUGAUAGAUUCAAAACUUAGUCACUAUAACUUUAAAAGAAACAUUAAGAAAAAAAAGAAACAUUAAGUUGUACAUUGGAGUGAAAGAUUGGUCAACCAUUGUGAAAAUGUAUAACAUUGUCACAAAUGGCCUUGGUUAAAAAUCGUUGCAAAAUAUAGAACCACAAAUGAAAAGUUAACUCAAAAACAUUUGUCUGAUGUUAGUAA